GAAGAAGGGGAUUUGCUAAAAAAAUUAUACUUCUCUCCUGUCAUUUUAUUUUCCGUAUUUUGUACAUAUGUGAUUAUUGGAAGAACGUGCUCCUUAACACAUAUUUUAAUAGAUUAAUCAGAAAAUAUUUUAAAAAAUGCCGGCGGCAGAAGAAGUGAAAUCCAGUUGGGCAGAUGAGGUUGAGUUGGAAGGAGGUUCGCUGCCACCUUCUACAAAAGUAUAUGAAAAUGGGUAUAAGAUUGUUACAGAUUAUAAGUACAAUGAAGAUGAUAAAAAAAUAAAGAUCGUGCGUACGUACAAAAUAGAAAAACGUAUUGUUUCUAAAUCUAUCGCUCUAAGAAAAACUUGGAAAAAGUUUGGAGAGUCCGCUAAUGAUAAACCUGGCCCUGAUCCGGCUACAACGAUAGUAGGAGAAGAUGUUUACAUGCAAUAUAUAACCAGCAAAGAGGAAGAUAAUAAACAAGAAGAUGAUGGACUUGACAAACUGAAAGCUCUGGGUGACAAAAACGUUGUGAAGUGUCGGUCAUGUAAUGGAGAUCAUUGGACCUCCAUGUGCCCAUGGAAAGAUACUUUGUUGGCAGGAGGGAAAGUUCCAGAUGAUAAAAAAGCGCCAGCUCCUAGCGGUGCAACUUCAAGCGGCGAUUCAGGAAAGGCGGGAGGUUCCAAAUAUAUUCCUCCUAGCAUGCGAGAUGGAGCGACAAAAAGAACAGAUGGUCCUAGCAUGGCCAGAAGAGACGACAGUUACUCAGCUAUUCGCAUUGCUAAUCUCAGUGACUCUACAACUGAAACUGAUUUAGAAGAUCUGGUAAAACCAUUUGGACCAAUUCAGAAACUUUACUUAGCAAAGGAUAAACAAACUGGACUUUGCAAAGGUUUUGCUUACAUCCAUUUCAAAUUUAGAAAUGACGCGGCUAAAGCUAUAUCUAUGCUUAAUGGAUAUGGUUAUGAUCAUCUUAUUCUAAAUGUCGAUUGGUCCAAGCCACUGUCUAGUUCGAAUCAGUAAAACAGCAAGUUAUUCUGUUCUCCAUACUCCAUAUUUUCUUUUACUGGAAUAUAAUAUCUAUGUUAAGAUUUUUCUGUAAAAUAAAUGGUCACUGGAAAUAUG